AGCAGUUAUACAGUUGUCUUUCUUUCCUGUAGAUUCAUGCUUUCAAAUUUUCGGCCUUAAUUUAUUCUUCUUUGCGUCAAAUAUUUUGCAGUGUAAAAAUUCCCCUUCCAAUUCAUUCAUAUGAUCUCUCGUGCCAUUCCCUAGGGUUUCAUUUUCCUUUGUUUCUGUUUUUUCCUGGUUUGGUUUUUGCUAAACAUCUGUUUUUUAUCUGCGUUAGUCUGACUAGAACUCUGUUGAAUCUUUUCAAUUCAAUUGUGUUCAUGAGUUGAUGUUCAUUGAGACUAAACUCCGUUGAUUUUCUGGCGAAAUUUGUGUUUUUUUUCAGGUUUUACUGAUCAAGGUUUGGAAAUUUAUAGUAUUUGUAAUUGAAAUCUGAAGUGGUUGUUUAUGCUAUGCUAUGUCAUUUGAUAAAGUUAAAUUCUGGCUAGAUCAUGGUUUGGAGAUUUUGCAAGUUUCUGCUCUCUGAUUUGGGGCCUAAUUAGGGUUCACUUAAUGCCUAGUUUUUUAAACUCGAGUGAGAUUUUAGGAGUUUGAGGAGUUCUGUUACAAUUUGAAGAAAUGCCUUCUCCAAAUAAUCGUGGAUGCCAUAUCCCUUUUGCAUCAUUUCGCCGCUCUAUAUUGACUGUAAGAAGUGAUCAGGUUCAUUCAGAAAUGAGCCAUGAUCCGAAUAUCAAGUGCCUUGAGUCGUUCCAACGACAGGUUUUUGCCCGUUUCCACGAUCUUUCAGUGGUUAGUGCGGAUGAGCUCCUCUCUGUUUCGUGGAUACACAAGUUGUUGGACGCGUUCACUAUGUCCCAGGAGGAUUUCAGCACCUUGUUAUCCGAUAACAAAACACUGCUUUCGAAGCCGCCAGCAGACAGGCUUGCUACUGAGUAUUUCGAGAGAGCCAUCAAGGCGAUGGAUAUCUUCAAUGCAACUCGCAAUGGUGUUGAGACCGUUUGUGUCUGGCAGAAGCAUUUGGAGAUUGUGGUGUGUGCUCUUGACGCGAAGCAGAGAACGGUUGGCGAGAGCCAGUUUCGUCGUGCAAGAAAAGCCUUGAUGGAUUUGGCAUUACUGAUGUUGGAUGACAAAGAUACCGGCUCAGUGUUUUCACACAGAAACCGCUCUUUUGGGCGUAAAGGCAAGGAACACCAACGGAGCUCAUCAUCAAGGCACUCUCGGUCACUCUCUUGGAGCGUGCCACAUUCUUGGUCAGCCUCUAAGCAGCUCCAGUCCAUUGCGAACAUUGGUUCCUCCAAAAACGAACGAAAUAGCAGCGACUAAUGGUUUGGCAAUGCUCAUCUUUGCAAUGAGCUUUAUUCUGAUGUUUGUGUUGUGGGUUCUUGUUGCUGCAAUCCCUUGUCAGGACCGUGGCGUGCAGAUCCACUUUGCAAUCCCUCGUCAGUUCUCGUGGAGCACGCCUCUGUUCUUGCUCCAUAGCCGAAUCAUGGACGAGUCCAAGAAGAGAGAGCAGCGCAACACCUGUGGAUUGUUGAAGGAGAUAUAUCAGAUUGAGAAGUGUGUGCAUCAGCUGACAGACUCGGUAGACGCUGCUCAGUUCCCACUGUCGGACAGGCUGAAGGAUGAAGUUAAUGAGAAUGUCAACGAGCUGUCUUUAGCGUGUGGGGCUUUUAAGACGGGACUCGAGCCACUGCAGUGCAAGCUACGCGAGACGUUUAGGAAAGUCAUGGCUUGUCGCUCUCGAGUUCCUUGGCAAGGCCACACAGCCUUAGUGAAAUUGCAAUGUUGGCCACAGACCACAGUUAUAAAAUUUUAUCAGUAUAGAGAUCAAGAUGUGCUUUUGAUUUACAUGUCUCAGACUGCUUCAUUCAGCAAUUCCCCUUGAAAGAGAACACUACUGCAUCUGUAGCUAACUGCGUAUCUAGCUCGUGCCAGAACAUCCUCAUGCAACAUUGCUGGAUAUCUAUGGCAGGGCAACAAGACCUACUUUCUACAAUCUUUAUCAUCGUCAACCACGCGCACCUGCCAUUACAUGGAGCGCGUGCUCCUCAGAACUCUUGGAGGUCUUCGCUUCUCCACCACCGGAAUUAUAUUCUCCAUGAGCUGCAUUACACCAUUAUGGAUGAUCAGUGAUUCAGACUAACACAAUCAAACUGUACAAGAACAUAGAUUCAAAUAUGUAAGAAGUUGAAACAGGUGGCUCAGACAAUCACAAAUCAGAAUUGAUAACUGAUGUCUGUUAGUGGAAUUCAAUAGACUGCUCUUUAGAGAUAUGUUGUCAACCAACACUCCUGACAAAAUAUAUAUAAUGUCUCUAUCCAGAGGAGCC